AGGGGCGGGGGCGGGGCGGCCGCGUGAGGCUUUAAACGGUCGUUGGGAGUGUUGGCGGUUGAGAGCUUCAGUUUAGCAACUGCCACUCGCGGGUAUAUUGCAAGAGGCAUAUUUGAGCUGUAAUACUUCCGAAUGUCAGAAUUCUUUAAGAAACUAGGUCACCAAGAGCCGAAUCUGAAUGAAAGAGACCAAGAAGUUUUCAACUUUGUAAAGCAAUGCUUCGACCGUGACACAAAAAGUGGUAAGAACCACACUCCAGUUAAGACUAGGAUUGAAGAGACAGUUGAUGCGAAAUGGAGGAAGAAAUAUGAAAGAAGAGAGGCUUUUCUAAAUGCUGGCUUCUUUACAGCUAUUGAUAAGCCAUACCGUUGUCUAGGAAAUGUUAUUCUGGAUAAUCAAGAUCUGUUUGCACCACACCUUACCUCUGAAGAUCAAAUAAAUUUAAAGAACAUACUUGAAAGUAAAUAUGGAGAAAAACAAUUACAAAAUAGGCUUAUUCAAGAAAGAGCAGAGCAGUUGCCCAUUCUAUUCCAAAAAGACCUGUGGAAACAACAGAAUGGAUUCAUCCACAUCAAACGGUAUUUAAAUCAAACCGAUUGGAUUCGAAAUGCAAUGAAUACGGGGCAGCCUCUUUCACAUUGCCUACAAGAAGUGGACCAUAUUUUUUCAGCUUCCAGAAAGCUGGCGAGCUUCAGAGUUUUGCCUGUAGUUCAAAGCAAGGUUAAUUCUGGAGCAGCCCGUGCAAAAUGGAAAAAAUUAGUUUAUGCAACUACCAUAUUAGGAAGAAAGAAAAAAGAAAAUAUUCUCUUACUUGGAGAUAUACCUAGCGAUCUUGAAGAUGAGGACACAAUAAAGAGAAUACAGGCCAGAAGGAGGGAGCAUUUCAUUGAAAAACUGAAAAUCAUUUACAGUGUAUUGUGCGGGCUUCUGAAUAUGAGAUGCAGAGAUCUCAAACGUUCUACGCCACUGUCCAGUGAUUAUAUACAAUAUCUAAUGAAAGAUCUUCAAACUGAAAGGAAUGCGAGGCCUCUCAGACCCUUGCAAAAAGAAAGUGCUCGCUCAACUCUGAGGAAGUGUUAUCCAUCGAUCAUACUAUCACCAGAAGAUAUGCAUACUUCAGAUUCUAUAUGGAAAUCUUUUGUUCACAGUGAAAUUCGACCACCGAGUUCAGGUUGUGAUUUAUCAACUAAAGUAUUUGGAAUUAUAAAGACAAAAUCAAAGCCACUUGCAAAAGACGCCAAAGAAAUAGAUGGUGAAAUGUCAGACCUUCCUCCCUGGUUAGCACUGAUUGAGGCUAAGAAAACUGAAGAAGAACGUUUUCAACAGAAAUUAAAGGAGAGCAAGAAUCCAAUUGGUACAUUGAAAUCAAAGUUUAUAGAGUUACAAAGUUCCUUGGAUAAAGCAACUAGAAAAAAGGUGGCAAUGAAAAGGGAAAAUCGUGCAAAGAGACUGGGUGCCAUCCUGACGGUUGUUAAUACUGUGCCAGACGUGAAUUUCAACUCAAUGCUAGAAAUACUGAAUCAUCAGUCUAAAUUUUUAGAACCAACCAAACACCCGCCCCUUUGGUUUAAUAUACUAAAAUUGGAAUGUUUAGUAGCUGAUGACCCAACUGAAGAAAUCACAAACCAGUUGAAGAAAAUUAGAUUUUUCCGAAACUUUACUUCACAGGCUUUACCUUCUUCUGAGGAAAGGUUGUGUCUCUUGGUGGUUUCACUUUCAGCAGAUCAGCUUCUCACCCUUGCUGUUCAGGAUGCUCUUCUCUUUAUCAUGGAAAAUAUUUUCAAGUGCUCUACAAAACACCUGAUUCAGUGGUACCAGUAUAAGCAAAUACCCUUUACACUUAUUUAUUGAAUGCAGAAAAAGUGCAUAAGUAUUGCCGAGAAUACAAUAUAUAUGUAAAAGUACACUCUUUAGUGUGCGAUUUAACAAUGUGCUUAAGGAGAAUUUUCCUUUCGUAUGUUUCCAUAAUAAUCCAUAAUCGAAAAUAAAAGUGUGACCUGGCAAAGGAAAUGUAUAUUUUUGUACAAUUAGUCUCUUUAGAGACAUUCGGUGGGAAUGGUUGCAUUUAAAUUUUCCUUAAACUUCAUCCUACUACAGUUAUUUUCAUGAUAAUUUGCAGUAUAAACUAUGUUCAGGAAUCGUGAAUUAUGAUCAAUCCUAUUCCUUAGCCCAUUUUAAGGAGUGGUUUCAAAAGCACUUAAAUUUCCAUAAAUCCAGGAUCAUCAUUGAUAGAUUUAAGGGGGACUUAGAAUUUUCUCAAGAUAGUUGUUAUACAAGGAACUUUUUACCCAAGGAGUUACUGAAGCUGAGACUACUAAACUUUAAAAAGAAAUUGGGAAACAUUUAAGAUUGAUAUCAGCGGGAAUGUGGAAGGAGCAGGGAAUUGAAAUUAAAGCAGUUGGAUCCAAUGGAGGAGCUGGCACCCUUUACUAAAAUGGAUGUAUAAUCUAGAUACAUAUUUAUGGAGAUUAUGAAUCAUUAUUUCAAGUGAGGCAGUAAAGAUUGUAAGAUUUGGAUAAUAAUCAUGAUGGUACAGUAAAAAUGAAAUUCAUGAGAAGAAACUGCUAAAUGUAAAGAUUGAGUGCAGAUAUUCAAAAUAUUGUGAUCAUGCAGUGAAGGAUUUCCUUUGGCACAGUUUUGAAUUAUAGAA